CAUCAGAUCCAUCAGUAUUGGCGUAUAAAAGGAACACGGUAUCAGUGCUGAAGCAAGACGCUCCCCAGUCCUCAAACAGAAAACAACCAUGGCUAAGUUCCUGUGCCUUCUCGCCCUGUGCGCCGUGGCUUCGGCCAGCCCCGUCUCCUUUGGACUGGGAAGCAUCUCCAGCCUGGCUAGCCUCCCCGCCCAGGUUGCCUCUUCUGGUCUGGCCUCCGGUCUGCAGGCUGCCAACACUGCUGCCACCCUCGGUAGCGGUCUUGCCUCCAGCGGCCUCGCCAGCGGUCUGCAGGCUGCUAACACUGCUGCCUCCCUCGGUAGCGGUCUUGCAGGGAGCCCAGGCCGCCGCCCUCGCCGCCAAGACCGGCAUCACCGCCGGCCAGGGCAUCCUCAAGACCGGCAUCGCCGCCGCUGAGAACAUCGCCCAGGUUGGCGCUGGCAGCGCCGCCAACGCCGCCAAGGUCGGCGCCGGUCUGUUCGGCAACGCCCUCAACCUGGGUCUGGGAGGCAUCAGGACCGCUGCCAACAUCGCCAACGCUGCCGUCGACACCGCCGCCAACGCCGGUCGCACUGCCGCUGGCGCAGUCAGCACCGCCGCCGCCAUCCCCAUCGCCGCCGCCGGCUCCGUGUCCCUGCCCUCCGUCGGCCUCGCCGUCACCGCCUAAACGCGUCCCUGAGGAGCAGCGAUCAUGUCAUCUGAUCUGUAUGAAUAAAUGUUGAGAUACUAA